AUGGACAAGCUCAAGGCUCUCUUCAGGCGCAAGAAGGACAAGACUACAAGCAGUACUGCUGGAACAAAGACAGAAGCACCAGCUGCUGCCGCCGCCCCCAAACCGGCUGAACCAGCGGCUCCUUCUACCGCCGAUCCAGCUGCCGCCCCUGCUGGCGCAGCGCCCGUCGAUGCUCCCGCGGCCGACACUCCCGCUGAGCCAACUCCGGCAGAACCAGCUUCCACCGAAACACCAGCAGCCGAGCCUCCGAAGUAG